CAUACAACAACAAUAGCAGCACUCCACCAAACACCAAAUUAUCCUUUUCCUCUCUCUCUUUUCUUUUCUAUCCCUCCCCUGCCAACUCUCAGUCAACAUUUCCACAACAGCACAGACACUUUUAGAGCAAAAAGAAAGAAAGAAAAGAUGGAUUCUGCAAGCAACGUCCUGUUAGCUUCAUCACCUUCUGCUGCUGCCGCGGUGGGAAUGGGGAGCGGGGGAGUAAGGAGGAAUCCAACAUUAAUAUGUACGCCGAUCAUGGCUGAUUCUGUUGAUAAGAUGGCGAUUCUUAUGGCUGAAGCUAAAUCUGUGGGUGCUGAUUUGGUUGAAAUUCGUUUGGAUAGUUUAAAGGAUUUCAAUCCUAAUUCCGAUAUCAAAACCCUAAUUCUUCACUCUCCUUUACCCACUCUUUUCACUUACAGGCCAAUGUGGGAAGGUGGUCAGUAUAAUGGCGAUGAAAAACCGCGAUUGGAUGCGCUUCGAUUAGCCAUGGAGCUCGGAGCUGAUUAUAUUGAUGUUGAGCUCAAGGUUGCUCAUGAAUUCAAUGAGUUGCUAAGAGGAAACAAGCCUGGGAAGUGCAAGCUCAUUGUUUCUUCUCACAACUAUGAGAAUACUCCCUCGGUUGAGGAACUUGGUAAUCUUGUGGCAAGAAUACAGGCUGCCGGUGCUGAUAUUGUUAAGAUUGCCACGACUGCUUUGGAUAUUUCUGAUGUUGCGCGCAUUUUUCAAAUAACUGUUCAUUCUCAAGUUCCAAUAAUUGGACUUGUCAUGGGUGAGAGGGGAUUGAUUUCACGGAUACUUUGCGCUAAAUUCGGUGGUUAUCUCACCUUCGGCACCCUUGAGUCAGGGGUUGUUUCAGCCCCUGGUCAACCAACGAUCAAGGAUUUGUUAGAUCUAUACAACUUCAGACUAAUUGGACCUGAUACUAAAGUAUUCGGAAUUAUUGGGAAGCCUGUUGGCCACAGCAAAUCACCUGUUCUAUUCAAUGAAGCAUUCAAGUCAGUUGGUAUCAAUGGGGUCUAUGUGCAUUUAUUAGUGGAUGACAUUGCACGUUUUCUCCAGACUUACUCAUCCACAGAUUUUGCAGGAUUCAGUUGCACAAUUCCUCACAAAGAAGAUGCUGCGAAGUGCUGUGAUGAGGUUCAUCCAGUUGCAAAGUCAAUAGGAGCUGUUAAUUGCAUUAUAAGAAGACAAAAUGAUGGGAAGCUAUUUGGCUACAAUACAGAUUAUGUUGGUGCUAUUUCUGCUAUUGAGGAAGGACUGCGAGCCUCACAAAAUGUUAGCAAUACAGUUGGUUCACCCUUAGCUGGGAAGUUGUUUGUGGUCAUUGGUGCUGGUGGUGCCGGCAAGGCACUUGCUUAUGGUGCAAAAGAAAAGGGGGCAAGAGUUGUCAUUGCCAAUCGCACCUAUGAGCGCGCAAAAGUACUUGCUGACAUAAUUGGAGGAGAUGCUAUAACUCUUGCUGAUCUGGAGAAUUUCCAUCCAGAGGAUGGCAUGAUUCUUGCAAACACAACAUCUAUUGGAAUGCAACCAAAAGUCGAUGAAACACCUGUUUCCAAGAACGCUUUGAGAUCUUACUCCCUGGUUUUUGAUGCUGUUUACACCCCUAAAAUAACCAGACUCUUGAGAGAAGCAGAAGAAUCUGGAGCCAAGAUUGUCACAGGGUUAGAGAUGUUCAUUGGGCAAGCAUACGAACAGUUUGAGAGGUUUACUGAAUUACCUGCACCCAAAGAACUCUUUCAGAAGAUCAUGUCAAAGUACUAGAGUGGUGGUGCAACGCCAAUAUUAUAUUGCAGCUGGUUUCUUUUUCCGUUGUGGCUCAAUUUAAAGUAUUAAAUGAUCUCUGGUUGAUUUAACACUGUUAAUUCCCACAACCUGUAACUCAUUUUUCACUGAUGAAAUAGAUUAGGAUUUAUGUGAACUCUAGUGGAAACCUUAUGUAUUGCGAAGUGAUGAAAGUUUAUUUGGUCAGUUGCUGUGUCUGACCAUUCUUCU